AUGAAUACAACAACAACAAUAAAAAUGCCAAAAAAUGGUGAGCCUGUUACGUUAACUAGAGCGUCACCUCCUCCUCCUCCACCUCCAUCUAAAAAGAAAACUUAUCAUGAAAAUCAUAGAAAGCCUCGUCAAUUAUGGUGGACACCGAAACGAAAUCAUAUUGAAAUACGUUCUGAAGAUACUAGUUUUCAUUAUAAUGCAUCAUCAAAAGUUGGAUCUUUUGAUAAUAUCGAUUAUCAUCCGACUGGUGGUCACAUAUCGAUACGUGAUGAACCUAUGCAUUGGCGUGCAGCACCAAAAGUUGAUUCCCUUUCAAAUGCUAAUUGGACAUCAACGGCACCUCGUAUUGCUGUACGAUCAGAAAAACUUGAAUGGGAUGCUCGUCCUAAAGUUAAUUCAAUGAUGAAUUUAGAUUAUAAACCUACAGGUGGUAAUGUAGCAAUUCGCGAUGAUAGACUUGAUCUAAGCCAUGUUACACCACGUGUUGAUUGUGGAUUUAUUGAAUAA